GUGUAUAUAGUAGCAGAAAUUUUCGUGAUUUAUCAUUUGUUUUUGACGAAAUCUAACCAAGAAAAAUGCAGAUGUUCAUUAAAAAUAUACUCUUUGUCUUCACGGUUUUCAUACAUUUUGAUGAAUUAAAAGCUUCGGGACACAAGGUCGGUCCAUCUGGUCACGAAGCUAGUCCACCCGAACAUGGAAAUAGUCGAGCUAGGCACGGAGCUGGUUUACGCGGACACGAAGCUGGUUCAUCUGGACACGGACCUGGUCUAUCCGGACACGGAGUUAGUCAAUCCGGACACGAAGCUGGUCAAUCUGGACACGGAGCUGGUCCAUCCGGACACGGAAUUGGUCCACCCGGAAACGGAGAUGGUCAAACCGAACAUGAAGCUGGUAAUUCCGUACCCGGGCUACCUGAAGAGCUACGUCCUAUUUUAAUUCGCACAUUUAACGUCAAACCAACAUGGAGUUUUUAUUUUGGAGGCCAACAAGUUGGGGUUUGGUUCACUCGACGGAAACGAAUUGUGGGAAUUGGCUUGUUAUCAGGAAAUAUAUAUCCCAGUAUGCACCUAGCUAGAAAUUAUAAUCUUCAGACCUAUCUAGCAGAGAAAUACGAUAUAUUUUUCUUGGUUCACGCAUUACCUAAUGGAUACAUUGUAGGAAUUCAAAAUAUGGUAUAUAAUGAUAUUGGAAAUGAUGAUGGAGUUGAGCAGGAGAUUCGGCUUGAACAUAGAAAUAUAAUUCCUUCUCGCGAUGAUAGAAUGGCAUACCAAAUUAAAAUAGAAUUCAUUGAUGACGUAGGCUUACGUUUUUACGCGUUCAGAUUGCUUAGUGGAUACAUCAUUGGAGUUACGCUUGGACCGUUGAGUAACAAUUAAUCUAUACACAAGAGUACGGCCGCAGUGCAAUCCUAAUAACCUCCGCUCUGGAGAGACACGCCCGCGACUUCACACGUUCCAAUCAGUCGCCUUCAACACCGUCACCUAAUGCGUAGCAUACCAGUCAACAUACAUUCUCGCACAUUCACAUUGACAACGCACACUUUUCUUUGUUUAUUUCAAACACACAACAAGCACCACUUAAGAAGGGCUACGACACAC